UAUGCCUUGGAAGGGGUCACAUCAUAUAUUUGAAAACGUAUUUAUAUAUAAAUCAAAUUUCCCCUCGCCAAUAGAAGUUAGUUGAUCUGAAAGGUAUUAUCAACACCGCCAAGCACCAUCACUUUGACUCUGCCGCUCUCUCUCUGACUCUCUCUCCAUUCGUCGCAGCAUUGGCUGAUUCAUGAAGUGUUUCCAUUUCACCAGCGGAGAUAGGCGCGACGACGAUGACGCUAGCGUCACUGGCGCCGGCUCCAACGUCGUUUCAAAGGUCGCCUCCAAGGUGUCUUGGGCUCGCUCGCUCAGUGUUGCCUCCAGCAGCCUCGACAGUACUCGCCGCUCCGAGUUCGAUUCCGACUCCAGGGACCUUUCUGACUCCAUCGGGUGUUACGACUUCCUCAGUCUGCGUAGAGCCAAUGAUCUGAGGGUGUUCACGUUCUCCGAGCUCAAAUCGGCCACCAGAGGGUUCAGUAGGGCCUUGUUGAUUGGGGAGGGAGGUUUUGGCUGCGUUUACAGAGGAGUUGUUAGGGUUUCGGGGUCGGAUGUUGAGAUUGAAGACGAGGACGACGAAGACGCCCUUCCCUGUAAGAUUGAUGUUGCGAUCAAACAGUUGAAUCGUAGCGGCUUCCAGGGGCAUAAAGAAUGGAUAAAUGAAGUGAACUUUUUAGGUGUUGUGAAGCAUCCAAAUCUUGUGAAGCUAGUUGGAUAUUGUGCGGAAGAUGAUGAAAGAGGGAUUCAGAGACUUUUGGUCUACGAGCUCAUGCCUAAAAAAAGCUUAGAAGACCAUCUGUUGGCUCGAAUGCCGUCAACUCUCCCAUGGAUUGCAAGAUUGAAAAUUGCCCGUGAUGCUGCCCGGGGAUUGGCAUACCUUCAUGAAGAAAUGGAUUUUCAGUUAAUAUUCCGAGACUUUAAAACGUCGAACAUUUUGCUAGAUGAGGACUUCAGUGCAAAACUUUCAGACUUUGGACUAGCAAGACAGGGGCCUCCUGAAGGAACUAGUCAUGUUUCCACAUCAGUUGUGGGCACGGUAGGCUAUGCAGCUCCAGAGUAUGUUCAGACGGGGAAAUUGACUGCUAAGAGUGAUGUGUGGAGCUUUGGUGUGGUUCUUUACGAGCUCAUCACAGGAAGGCGGGCUGUGGAGAGAAACCUUCCCCGGAGUGAACAAAAACUUCUAGAAUGGGUGAAACCUUAUGUUUCAGACUCAAAGAAAUUUUACCUUAUUAUUGACCCUCGACUUGAAGGAGACUAUUGCAUUAAAUCAGCUCAGAAACUUGCUUCAUUAGCGAAUAAGUGUUUACUAAAGCAGCCAAAGUCUCGCCCUAAAAUGAGUGAGGUGGUUGAGAUUCUUGGAAACAUUAUCAACGAAACUACAUCUCAAGAAGUAGAAAUUGCUGCUCAAGAAGUUGUUGCCCCACAAGCCAUCAGCGAAACUGAAGAACCAGAAGAAGAAACCACAGUGGAAUCUGAACCUGUGUCCACCAAACAAGGAAACAAUUAUCUAAAGAAAGUGUUUGAUAUAAGAGAAAUGGUCAACUUAAGAACCAAAUCCAUUAGCAAGUUGGAUUGGCGAAAUUGGACUCCUGGGUUGGUAAGAACUUCAUAAAAUCUCAAGCACAACCUGGGGCAGUGAAGGAGAAAAGAAGUAAUACAGCCAUUUCUCUUUCCAUGCAGUGGUACAUCACACACAUGUAUCCAUUAAUAUGGUGUAUGUGAAAGAAAUGAAUGUGUAGAUAUGUGCUAUUCCUCAAAAACUCAUUGAAGAUGUCUUCUUUCUGUCCCUUACUCUUUGCCUAUAGGGUUAUGUAGUCUUUGUAGAUAUUCAUAUAUAUGUGACCUGUGAGCGACUUGUUUUGUUUUUUUGCCUUAAAGAGUAAUGAUAUAUGCACCUAAAAUAUACAUAAAAGAAUUACACACAGUAA